AUGUCUCCACCUGGUUCAUCAAGAUGGAGCCCUACAACUGAACAGCUUAUGAUCUUGGAAGAACUGUAUAGAAGUGGAAUUAGAACUCCUAGUGCUUCUCAAAUUCAGCAAAUUACUACUCACCUUUCUUUCUAUGGUAGGAUAGAAGGAAAAAAUGUUUUCUAUUGGUUUCAGAAUCAUAAGGCUAGGGAUAGACAGAAACUUAGAAGGAAACUCAACAAACAACUGCAGCUACAGCAGCAACAGCAACAGCAUCAACAGCAGCCACAUCAACAACAACUUCAACUUCAUCAUUGUCAACUCAAUCAUGAUAAUAUCAUGAUCAAUAAUCAUUUUGUUGAUGGUACUUUUGGUUACCCUUUUGGAUCUUCUACUCAAGACUUUUCCUUUUUUAACUCACCUAGCUUGCUUUUUGAGGGAUCAUAUGCUGCAAACACAUCAGAAGGGCCAAUCAAUAGCAAAUGGAAUGGCUAUAACAACCAACAAAAUUUGAUGGAGAAGAAAGAGAUUGCAUUCAACAACUAUGGUUGGAGCCACCUUAUGGAUAAUGUUAAUCAUCAUGAACCACCUUCAUGUUGCACCAAACCUCUCAAGACUCUUGAUCUCUUUCCACUCACAACAAGGAUCAAAGAAGAUUAA